GCGCGGCCGGCACGCAGGGCGCUUCAUCACCGGCGGCGCCCAGCCGGGGCUCGCUCGCCGCCGCCAGCCAUUGCCUGGCUUCAACCCCGCCGCCCGCCCGCCCGCGGGCGCCAGAGCGGCCACCGGCGGCAGCCCCGAGAGACAGACCACCGAGGGCGGCCCAGGGUGGGCGCUAGAGGGGACCGGCGCGGCUCGCUCGCGGGGCCCCGACGUGAGUUGCGCCCCGCUCGCCCGGCUCUCUGCGGGGAGGCUGGGAGGGGACUCUCGCUCGCCCGCCCGCCCUCGCCCCGCUCGGUCUUGUCCAGGCGGCGGCGAUGAAGCGCGGCCGGGCGGCCCGGGAAGAAGAAGACGAAGAGCCGGAGGAGCGAGAGCGGCGGAGGCGGCGGCGGCGGCGCAAGAGGCGGCGGCGCGAGGCGGUAGCCGAGCAGCGGCGCCGGGAGCGGCAGCUGGAGCUGGAGCGCGCCUGGCAGGAGGUGGAGGAGGCGGCCGCCGCCGCCGAGGCUGCAGAUGUCCGCGCCGCCCAGCUGUGGGAGAGGGAGGCCGAAGCGGUGGCCAGGGUCUGGGCCCUCGAGGACCAGCAGGAGGAGGAGGAGGCGGCGCGCCGGCGAAGAAGGACAGAAGCCGCCGCCGCCGCCGCGCAGGAGGAAGAGCCGCCGCCGCCGCAGCAGGAGGGCGGCGAUGGGGACGCGCCCGGGCGCUGGGGGGCCGGCUGAGCGAAAGAGAGAGAGAGAGAGCCUAAUAAAGCAGCCGUAGCAGCUCCACCACCGACCGGCGCCUGCCCACUUCCUGGCCGGGACCGGGGCGUACCUCCAGGCAAGCAGCCGGGCGGGCCCC